ACUAGCCUGCAGUUACCUCACAUCAAUACCGUACAAUAACAGCUAGAGAGACAGACUGCUAACACCUGAGAGUUUACAAGUGUGGCAAAAGAGUGUACGGUUAGUUAUGUAAUCUUAGAGGAAUGCUUUACCCUUAACAGUCUGGCAACUACAAUUGUGCCUGAAGGAUUAUUGUCUCUGAAGUAGACCAUUUUCAGACAUAUACUUUGUUAUGUUAUUUUCAAAGGGUGUGCUGGAUGUCAUUGCGGUAUCCUAAUAGUGUGUGUGCUGGUUAAAAUCUGACUGUCCAGCAACACCUCUAUCAGUGAUUUAAAAUACUCUUGAGUACUAAGUCCAGGCUGCUUAUGUAUAUGAGCUGAGAUCAUCGUUCCAGUUUUAACUGCAGCAUAAAACCUAAAUUAAACUCAUUCAUUAAACAGUGGCUGAAAUAAAAUGCAAUGGACAUUAAUUAGCCAACAGACCCAUGCCAUUAUGUAAACCCUACACCUGAAUUCUGUCAGUCACACACACACACCUUGCCCAGGUGCACACUCAUGUGGGGUAAGCUCAUCUUGUCACUCGCUCUUUAUUAAUACAGGAUUACAUUUAUUCCCAAUCCCAAACACACACCACACUCUACAGACUCCUCACAAAAGCACAUGCACUGUCUGCCCGGGUCCAUCAAAGGUAGCGAGGCAGUCAGAUAGUGGUGUGCCCCCAGUUAAAGUCAGAGACGUUUCAUCCUUUUUGAAUGUCCAUGGAGGCCUGCUGCUAACAGGGGCUUUACCAGUCAACAGGUGGAUUUCUUUCAGGAAGAGGACACACUACAGCUUUGUAAAUCCAGGUUUAUGAAGAUGUUUCCUUGGUCUGCUGUUUUCUCCCUUGAGCCUAAAGUGCCCGGUCAACGCAGCACCGAGGAAUUGGUUACCAAUACUCUGAUGUUGGAGCUGGGGGCGAUGGUGAAGCGCACUGAACGCAUACGUUUGGAGCGAGCGACUGAGGGUAGGCGCCGCCGUCGCAGCUCCUCUUCCACAGCUGAUUACAGCUGGCUGGCCAACAACCCGACGCCACAGCCGUAUGAACUGACACCCAACGACUUGCUGGAACUGCAGGACCUCUGUGCCAAGAUCCCUCCUGCACAAUGUGGCCCCUUGAUUGUCAGGUUCCGGAAGUUGGUGUCACAGAUGGAGCCUGAGGUUCAUGAAGUUCCCAGACUGUUUCGCUCUGUGUUGCACAACUGUGUGGAAGAGCUGAAUGGAAAUGAAGAAAUGCACAAUACCAUCUUUGAGAAGCAGCAGCGCAGCAAGAGCCUUUCUUUCGACACUUUCCGCACCAAAUUUCGCACUGGCCAGUUCUUCAAGGGCAGUGGCCUGAGAGGUUCAAAGAGUAAUCUGCAGCAGGAGGUCGAUUGGUCUGACGAGGAGGAUGGAGAAGUGGAGGAGGAAGCAAUCAAGUCCAGGGCGAGGAAGGGAAGGAGCAAGAGUAUGCCAGAGAUCUGCCCUAUGGAGCAGAGUGCCCAUGCAUGAGAUAAAGGAGGGAGAAAAUCAGGGGAGAGACAAUGCAGAGAGGAUGGAGGUAGGGAGAAGAGGAACACCUGUACAGGAGUUUUGGCAGGGAAAUAAAAUGAAGAGGAAGAGCGGGAGGAAAAAUGAGAACAAAAGAGAGAUGGGUCGUUUAUUGCAAAUGUAGGGAGAACAGGAAGAGAAAGGCGGGAUGCUGUCGAAGGUGGGAAGGUAGCAUUAAAUGAAUAAGGGAAAAAGGGUGGGCUUAAAAUAAUUUCUUGACUUUGGGGGAACCUGUCUAAAUGCAUAUGAACUUGAAGUAUUUAGUCCACCCCAAAAGCAUUUGAAAGCAUUUAUGAAACACUUGUUUAGCAUCUUAUCAUGCAGAUGGGUAGGCCUACCAGCUUGGUUAAACAAGACCAUGGCCAUGCUUGCAGCUUCGUGAAGCUGUGCUUAGGCACUGUGGUGCUUUGAGCUAAAUGCUAACGUCAGCAUGUUCACAUGCUAAUAUUUAGCAGGCGUAGUGUUUUGUGGUUAGCAACAGCUGAGGUUGAAGGGAAUUACAUUAGUUUUACAGGUAUUAUUUCAUAAACUGAAGUAUUUGAUACAUUUAAAAUUAUACUUAAUGAUGGCGCUUGAUGAAAAGUCAGAAUAUCAUCAAAGCAGUUUCAAUAUAUUCUGAAAGGAACAUCGUGUCAACCAAAUUUCAUCUCAUCUCAAAACCACAAAUGUCAACCUGCUAGUCGUGCUAUACUAGAAGUUAACAAAUCAACAAAGUCAUUAGGAUACAUGAUCUGGGGGCCAUGAAUGUCUGUGUACAGCUGCAUAGCAAUCCAUCUAUCAGUUAGAAGAGGUGGACCUACCAACAGAGAAGCAUUGCCAUCCACAGGGCCUUGCUAAAAUGGCUAAAAAUGGCUAAAAUCUGCAGAAUGGGAUUUUGUUGAAUAAAGUCUUGCUAGGAUUUCUAACCUUUCUGUGCUUCAUGUAUCUUUAAAGGCAAACAAUUGAAGAAAGAACUCUUUGAACAACUGUUCUUGAUGAAUCAUACAUAUCGUGAAGUGUCUCUUUAAAGACAUAAUACAACAAACGGGCUUUCUGCAAGGUUCAUCUAAAAAAAGUUCAUCUGUACA